AUGUCGCCUGUCAUAGAGUCAUUGUUAUUUCCUGGUCCAGAUGUGAGGCUCAACAUAUCGACACGAAUGUCUGCCACUAUUUGCUAUCGUCCUCGACAUUAUCUUUCAAGCUCGACACCCCGUUUUUGA